CCAAUCACCAUUUCCUUUAUCCUGUUUACUCCAUGAAAACCCUCUGAUGGAGUUCCGCGGGAGGGCGGCGCCGGAUGAUCAUGAGUCCGACCUGAGAAGAGGACCUUGGACGACGGACGAGGACCUCCUCCUCGUGAACUACAUCAGUGCCCACGGCGAGGGACGCUGGAACUCCCUCGCUCGUUCCGCAGGGCUCCGGCGUACCGGAAAGAGUUGCCGGCUCCGGUGGCUGAACUACCUCCGCCCCGACGUCCGGCGGGGCAACAUCACCCCGGAGGAGCAGCUCCUCAUCCUGGAGCUGCACUCGCGGCUGGGCAACCGGUGGUCGAAGAUCGCGCGCCACUUGCCGGGGAGGACCGACAACGAAAUCAAGAACUACUGGCGGACGCGGGUGCAGAAGCAGGCGAAGCAGAUGCGGUGCGACGUCGACAGCGAGCGGUUCGCGGACAUGGUGCGCUCCGUGUGGAUGCCGCGCCUCGCCGAGAGGAUCCGCGAGCAGAGCAAGCUCCCCUGCAGCGCGGAGACUUCCGGCGCCUCCUUCGAGACGCAGCGACUCUCGUCCCCGCCGAUGCCGCCCCCGGCGGCGGCCCCCGAGAGCUUCGCGAGCGACGUCGACGACGUCUGUGGCCAGUGGAUGCAGCCGGAGCAGAGUGAAUGGCCGGCGGAGAGCAUGUGGACCGUGGAGGACAUAAUUUGGUUACAACAGCAGCUUUGAGAUGGAAGAUUAAUUAGUCAAUUAACUUGUUAAAACAUCAAUUAAGCGAGUAAUUAAGGUGCAGGACGAUCUGAAAUUCUUUGCACAAUAACAUCAAUGAUAUUGUGAAUACCUUUCGAUUCA